UGUUGAUUAUUGCAUGAUGCAAUGAAUAAACUAGUGUCACGCGUGUCAAUAUGAUUGAAUGUGGUUGGCUUUAAUUUUAGCUUUUAAAAUGUAUAAAUUAUAGCUUUUGAUACACCACCAAUACGGAAAUUAUUGUAGUGCAUUUCUAUGGAAGGAAAAACGAAUAUUUACUCUCUGACCUCGGAUUAGCUAGAAAUGCCGCAGUCUAAUGAGUUUAUUAUGAAUUUUGAAGAUUUCGCCGAGGUCACUAAAGAAUCUGAGCAGGUUAUAAGACAAUGCUUCUCGCAAUUCAGACUGGACGAGGUCUUCUUGUCUUUCAAUGGCGGGAAAGACUGCACGGUCUUACUAGACCUUACAAUAAACGUCUUAAAGGAUAUUCAUCAAAAAGAUGAUAUCGCGAAAGAUCUGAAAGUCAUAUACAUGCGUACUAAGGGUCCUUUUAGAGAAAUCGAGUCUUUCAUAGAAGAAAUUGAGGCGCAUUAUAAAGUUAAAUUGGUUGUGACUGAGGGUGAAAUGAAGACUGCUUUAGGAAAUAUAUUGGAAGAUGACAGGAGAUUGAAAGCUUGCCUUAUGGGAACCAGACGGACGGAUCCUUAUAGUCAGAACUUGAAGUUUAUGCAGAAGACAGAUUCAUCCUGGCCCCAGGUAGUAAGAGUAUUUCCAAUUCUCAACUGGAGUUAUCAUCAAAUAUGGAGUUACAUUCUGCAGCGUCACAUACCGUACUGCAAUCUAUAUGAUAUUGGUUACACAUCAAUUGGUAGCGUUCAAAAUACGUGUCCGAACCCGUCCUUAGCGUACAACAUAAGCGGGCACAUUGCAUACAAGCCGGCGUGGCUACUUGACGAUCCAACAAUGGAACGCGACGGCAGAAUGACAGCUGUCAACAGCCGGAGUUUGACGGAUGGGACGGGAAACACAUUGACAGAUGUCAUUAGUGAAUCUGUAAAUGGACACGCUUACAAAGCAGAUAAAACAGAUUCUAUCAGCAAUGCACUUAACACGGCGUAAAUACUUAAAUUGUAUCAGUUUAUAUUAUUGUGAAAUCUAGAUGUGAUAAGUUAUUGGAUAUUUUGAUAAAUACACAGUACCUGACUUAA